AUGAGUGGGGGCCCUGCGGGAGGCAGGCCUGGGGGCCGCGGAGCACAGGCGGUUCAGCAGAACAUACCCUCCAGCCUCCUCCAAGACCAUGAGAAUCAGCGAGUCUUCGAGAUGCUCGGAAGGAAAUGCUGGACACUGGCCACCGCAGUUAUUCAGCUGUACAUGGCGAUGCCCCCUGGAGCCGAGCGCUGGACCAAGAAGCACUGUGGGGCAGUGUGCUUUGUGAAGGACAACCCCCAGAAGUCCUACUUCAUCCGCCUCUACAGCCUUCAGGCAGGCCUGCUGCUCUGGGAACAGGAGCUGUACUCACAGCUGGUUUACUCCACCCCCACCUCCUUCUUCCACACCUUUGCUGGAGAUGACUGCCAGGUGGGGCUGAACUUUGCAGAUGAGAAGGAGGCCCAGGCCUUCCAGGCCCUGGUGCAGGAGAAGAUACAAAAAAGGAAUCAGAGGCAAAGUGGAGACAGACGCCAGCUACCCCCACCACCAGCACCGAUCAAUGAAGAGAGAAGAGGAGGGUUUCCGCCCCUGCCCUCGCACUCAGGUGGAGACCAAGGGGGCCCAGCAGCUGGAUCACUGUCCCUGGGGAUGGGGACAGUGGACAUCCAGAACCCGGACAUCACAAGUUCACGAUACCGUGGGCUCCCGGUACCUGGCGCAAGCCCAGUUGAUAAGAAACGCUCAGGGAAGAAAAAGAUCAGAAAGGCUGAUAUUGGUGCACCUAGUGGAUUCAAACAUGUCAGCCACGUGGGAUGGGACCCCCAGAAUGGAUUUGAUGUGAACAACCUGGACCCGGAUCUGCGGAGCCUGUUCUCUAGGGCGGGAAUCAGCGAGGCCCAGCUCACUGAUGCUGAGACCUCCAAACUCAUCUAUGACUUCAUUGAGGACCAGGGCGGGCUGGAAGCUGUGCGGCAGGAGAUGAGGCGCCAGGAUCCGCUUCCACCACCCCCACCGCCAUCCCGAGGAGGGACCCAGCCCCCUCGGCCCCCAGCUGUAGGGAGUAACAAGGGUCGUUCUGGUCCGCUGCCCGCUGUACCUUUGGGAGGUAUGCCGCCGCCACCACCACCAACUCCACGGGGGCCCCCACCUCCCGGCCGAGGGGGCCCUCCACCACCACCCCCUCCAGCCACAGGACGCUCUGGGCCACCACCCCCUCCACUCCCUGGAGCUGGGGCUCCACCCAUACCACCGCCACCACCUCCUCCACCACCACCACCCAGCUCUGGAGAUGGGCCAAUGCCUCCCCCAGGCCCUCCUCCUCUGGGGCCUGUGGGGGGCCUGGCCCCUGCUGGAGGUCGGGGGGCCCUUUUGGAUCAAAUCCGGCAGGGAAUUCAGCUGAACAAGACCCCUGGAGCCUCAGAGAGUUCCCCGCUGCAGCCGCCACCUCAGAGCUCCGAGGGGCUGGUGGGUGCCCUGAUGCACGUGAUGCAGAAGAGAAGCAAAGCCAUCCACUCUUCAGACGAAGGGGAGGACCAGGCCGGAGAUGACGAUGAGGACGAUGAAUGGGACGACUAG